AUGAAACUGUUCAUAAUUAUUGCCACCCUUGUUGCCGUCAGCUACGCUGCACGUCUGGACAAUCUGGAGAGAUCCUACCUUCCUCCUGGCAAUAACCGUGGCUCUAACAUUUUCGGAUCCCAAGGCUCUAAUGCUUUUGGAUCACAAGGCUCCAAUGGAUUCGGAUUCCAAGGCUCUAAUGGUUUCAAUAACUUCGGAUCUGGCUCUCAUGGUGCUUCCAGAUUUGGGUCUCAAGGCUCUUUUGGUGCCAGGAAUGGAGCUUCUGCCUUCCACUCUGGUUCUAACCUGAACGCUGCUACUUCCAACCAGUAUCUGCCUCCUGAUCAUGAACAUGGCGCUGGAUCGAACGGAGCUUUCUCUCGCUACCAGACCGGCCAAUUUGGAUCUCAAACUCCCAGCAACAAGUAUGGUACUCCAUCUGGACAAUUUGGUCAAGCCGGUAACUCUUUUGGCAACCAACCUGGUUCCUUUGGUCAGCAUGGUUCUGGCAGCUUCAGCCAAAGUGGACAUAGUUCUCGAUUUGGACAGAAUGGACAUGGUGCUUCUGGAUUUGGUCAGAAUGGACAUGGUGCUUCUGGAUUUGGUCAAUCUGGAUCAAACUUCGGACAGACUGGUUCAUCUUUCGGACAUGGUGGAUCAUCCCAUGGACAUAGUGGAUCAUCUUUCGGACAGGGUGGCUCGUCUUUUAGACAGAGCGGAUCAUCGUUCGGACAAGGUGGUUCAUCUUUCGGACAGGGUGGGUCAUCUUUCGGACAGGGUGGGUCAUCAUUUGGUAAAAGUGGAUCAAACUUUGGCCAGACCAAUGCCUUCGGUCAGGGUCUAGGUGCGGCUGGUCGUCAAUACCUAGCUCCUAAGACCCAGAAUAACUUCCAGAAUAUUCCUCAGCAGAGCUUCGAUGAACAGACCGGCUACCAUUACUAG